AGGUUCUAAAACUUAUCCCUCCCUCCCUCCUCCCCACUGUCUUUCUCUUUCUUCAUCAACAAAGAAACCCCCCCAGAAAAAGAAAAAAAGAACAAGCCCAAGAUGUCUCUUACAAUCCCAACUAAUCUCUCAAAACCGCUUUUGAAGCCAAAGCUAAAAUCCCAAGUAACCACCACCCCUAAAGUUUCAAGAUCAUCGGUGGUAUGCUCCAGCACUCCAUCCUCAGACAAGUCGGCUUCACCACUCCAAGCCUUCUCAGCCGCUUUUGCCCUUUCUUCCAUUCUUCUUUCUGCUCCACAGCCUGCUGUUGCUGACAUUUCAGGGCUGACACCAUGCAAAGAGUCCAAGCAAUUCGCCAAACGUGAAAAGCAGCAGAUCAAGAAGCUCGAAUCAUCGUUGAAGCUUUACGCACCCGACAGUGCACCAGCUCUCGCUAUCAAAGCAACCAUCGAGAAAACCAAGAGACGGUUCGACAACUAUGGGAAAUACGGGCUGCUUUGUGGCUCUGAUGGGUUGCCUCAUUUGAUAGUGAACGGUGACCAGAGGCAUUGGGGUGAGUUCAUCACACCAGGUCUGUUGUUCUUGUACAUCGCUGGAUGGAUCGGGUGGGUUGGAAGGAGCUACCUGAUUGCUAUACGUGAUGACAAGAAGCCAGCCAUGAAGGAGAUCAUUAUCGAUGUGCCUUUGGCUGCCAGUCUGCUCUUCAGAGGCUUUAUUUGGCCUGUUGCUGCCUACAGAGAGCUUAUCAAUGGUGACCUUGUUGUCAAGGACGUGUAAUCUCCUCAGAUAUUGAAUGGAACGACUAGUGGGAUGGGAAAGAAUAUGGUAGUGCUUAAGACUGAACAUUGUUUGUGUAAAAGAGGCGUCUUGGGAAAUUUCUUGUACUUAAAUGUAAAUUUAUUUUACUGUAAUGCUAGUAUAAAACAUUUGGAGCUGAUCGACUUUCCUUUUCAAACUUUGUUAAUGGUGGGUGUUGACAUGCUAUUAUAUGGUAGGUAAACCAACACCACGGAAUUGUUAAGCCGAUGCUGAAAAUAUGAGUAUCAAUUAGAUAGAAUAGAAUGGAGAAAUUCAUGA